GAAGUUUGUGGCUAUUGUCAAUUAUGAACAUUAACAAAAGAAAAGCUGUUAAAAUUAAAAACAACCAAAAAGGUUUUAAUUAUGGUAUGGAUGUAAAUUACGGACAAUGGCACUAAACGAUAUAUAAGGACAGCUUUAAGGGCAACUCUAAACUCUGCCCAAUCCCAAUCUAUUUUACACUCUCACUUCAUUACCAUCCAUCCACUCUCUCUCUCUCCCUCUCCCUCUCACAGCAUCAAGAACAAGAACCCAGUUACCCAAAACACCAAGAAAGAAGAAAGAAGAUCAUGGAGCUUCUUCAUCAACCCAGCAGCAACAGAAAAAAUGGCCAAACUUCAACUCCGGACCCAAAUCCAGACUUUCAAAACCCCAAAAAUGGCAACAAUAAUACACUCAGUACCCAAGAAUCCCAACUCCUAGGUGAUGAUUUUGACAGUACUUGUUCUACUCCUUAUGUUAGUGCACCUUCUAGCCCUGGCCGUAGUAGUAAUAAUGGACCCAUUAAUGGUGGUUUCUUUUAUAGUUGCCCAGCUAGUCCAAUGCACUUUGCUAUUACUACGACUGCUGCUUCUUACUCGGUCUCUGCUGUUUCUUCACCUGAUCAUGGUCAUGUGCCUAUUGGGUAUGAGUUUGAAUUCUCCGCAAGACUUGGGUCUAGUGGAUUGGCUCCAACUGGGUCUAUGAGUUCUGCUGAUGAGCUCUUCUUGAAUGGUCAGAUCCGUCCUAUGAAGCUUUCUACGCACUUAGAAAGACCUCAAGUUCUUGCUCCUUUAUUGGAUCUUGAAAAUGAAGAAGAAGAAGAAGAUGAAGAUAAUAAUGAUGAGGUGGAAGAUAAUGAUUUGGCAAUCAAGAAUGGCGCAAGAUUUGUUUCUAGAGGUAGAGAUCUGAGAUUGCGCGAUAAGUCUUUAAGGAGAAGAACUAGAUCUAUGUCUCCAUUAAGAAGUACUUAUCAUGAGUUUGAUAACGACGACUACGACGAUGAUGUAGAUAGCAAAAACAAAAACCACCAGCAGAUCUAUGGCUCAACUAGUAGUAAUAAUGAGACCUGUUGUGAGAUUUCUUGUUUAGAAGAAGCUGCUGAUGGUUUCAAGAUUCUCGAGGAAGCAACGACUCCUUCUGUUUCUGCUUCUUCUUCUAGGUCAUCAUCAGCUGGAAGAAACUCAAAAAGAUGGGUUUUCUUGAAAGAUUUUCUUUAUAGAAGCAAAAGUGAAGGGAGGAGUAAUAACAAGUUCUGGUCUAACAUUUCUUUCUCACCAGCUAAGGAAAAGAACAAGUCUAUGAACACAACAACAAGUGUGCAAGCUGCUCCUUCCAAGGACAAGGUUAGCAAUGUCUCUAUGGAGAGUCAGAAAGUUAAAGGAAAUGGACAUGGUUCAAGUAAGAAACCAAUGAAUGGAGUAGGGAAAAGAAGAGUACCGACAUCCCCCCAUGAGUUACAUUAUAAAGCAAGCAAAGCACAGGCUGAAGAGAUGAGGAAGAAAACUUUCUUGCCUUAUAGACAAGGACUGCUUGGUUGCUUAGGGUUCAGCUCUAAAGGUUAUGGAGCCAUGAAUGGAUUUGCUAGAGCAUUGAAUCCAGUUUCAUCAAGGUAAAAAAAAAAAAAGUCUUUCUGAUCCAUCAUCAGUCAUAGAAAAUUGUAUAGAUCUUAUUAUUAUUUUUUACUUUUUUCUUAUUAGUGUAAUUUUAUGAUGAAAUAUCUCUUAUGUAUUUAUUGUUAGGGUCAUGUUCUCUUUUUGUUCAAGAAAAAGAGAAGUUGGCCCUAAUGUAUCUUGUAAUCUUCUCAAAGGGUUGUUGUUUUAACUGUAAGCCAUGAGAGAAAAUAUAUAUAUAUAUAUAUAUAUGCCCAAUCUAUAUUACUCCCUGGUAGAGUAAAAAUUA